CAUAGACAUACAACCGAGCACACUAAUAUCAUAUAAAUACGUAUAGGAUAUAUGUUUUCCUGCUUACCGAAGUGUAAUAGACCGAGCAAUUGGGUCAUUACUGCCGAGAAUAGGUAAGAUACGUCUCACAGUCUCUUCUAUAUUAAACACUUUGGCUAAAUGAAGGUCGGAUGCUUCUUUAAACACUUUAUAAACAUAAUACUUGACAAUAUUAUUGCUUGAGAAUUAUCAAUAAGAUGCAAAUGAUUGAGUUCAGUCUUACUGUAUACGAAAAUAGUCUGCUAGUUUCAAGAUCGCCGCGUUGAUCACAACAGGAUAAGGAUAAUGCUCAAAUAUAUGAAUAAAACCAGUCAAGGCUUGUAUCUGUGACCCUUGAAUACCAAGGGAUCCUGAUCGGGCUUUGGUGUUGAACUUUGCCUCGAGUUCUAGCAAGGCCUUAUGGCCGUCCGACUGGUCGCGCGUUGUAUCAUCCAUAGGAACGCGAGAGAAAAAAAUGAAAGAAUGCAAGAGAGGGAGAGAAUGUGAUUGGAUUCCCGCUUGCUUUCUAUCUCUUUCUUUCUUUUUUUUGAUCAUGGUCAAGGGUACAAAAGGCAAGAUCGCAGUGGGUACAUUACUCUACACGCAAGGCGAUACCAAACAUGAAGAUAUGUGGGAUGAUACAGAAUUAAUUGAGCACUGGGACAGAACAGUAGAAGCGUACAGAAAUCAACAAUCAAAAGAAGCUCCACCUUUCCAACACGCAAAAAAAUUUCUUCAAAAGCAAAAAACCAUAAAGAAAACUACGCCGGCUGUUAAGAAGAAUACAACAAUGCAUUAUAAUAGUAAUUUACAAUCUGAUAAGAAGAAUCUACCCGAGAUGAAAAAGACUGUCGCAGACAUAACAUCAAAUCAAGAUGGUUUCUCCAAUUUGGUCAUGUCUUGGUACUACGCUGGAUAUUAUACAGGGCUUUAUAUGGCGAGGAAGAAUGAUACCAAAUAAUGCAUCAACCGCAGCAACAUGGUUUGUAAGCGCCAACCAGAUUGGUAAAGAGUGCCGCAGUCACGUCCAAUCGUAUAAAAACCAUCUUGUAUCUACCUUUAUUUGAUUCU